UCAAAAGCUUUAGUAUUGGUUUCGUCCACACCCCCAUCACCUUAUAUGUUCGUACAGUCCGCUUAACCCGCGAAAGUUUCAUAACAACAAUGGCGUCUGGAGCAGGCCGCCGUGGGAGUAAGCGCAAAAUUGAGGACGAGGAAAAGAAGGAAAAACCUGCCAAGACGGCGAAGGAAGAAGAGGUACCUGAGCUCCAAGACCAAAGAAGAGUGGUGAUUGAACACUGUAAGAGCUGACGAGUGUAUGGGCGUAAUGCCGAGGGGAUAAAAGCUGCCCUUUUGGCUGCACGCCCUGAACUGACUGUGGUCCUCAACCCUGAGAAGCCUCGCAGGAACAGCUUUGAGAUCACGCUCAUAGAUGGAGACAAAGAAACAUCUCUAUGGACCGGAAUAAAAAAGGGGCCACCUCGUAAGCUCAAAUUUCCAGACCCUGAUGUUGUAGUUUCUGCUUUACAGGAAGCUGCCGUUACUGACUAGAUGCAAAGUGAAGGUAAUUGUUCAUGAAUGUGUCUUGUGGAAACAGAAUGACGGGGAGGUGACCAAACUGGAUGCUCAGUCUCUCCUCUGAUGAACCAAUAUUUUCCAAUUCACAUACAUGUAUAUGAACACUUGGCGACAUCUACUGGAGCUUUUUAGAGCAAAUGCUUCCGUAACCAAACACUGUUGCGCAAUUUGUCUGUUCAAGUUCAAAAUUUGUGGUAUUUAGAUCUUUUCGAAAUAAAAACUUACAUUUUUUGUGGCGGUGUGUGUA